CACUUUUGGAACGAUUAUCAUUAGUUAAGUGUGAUACUACGCAAGGCGUUAAAGUGUUAGAAGAUUCUAUCGAAUUUGCAAAUAAAAUUCUUCACAUUAACACUGACAAUGUGCAGCCUCUGUACACGGUCUUAGAAGACGAAAGCUUGAGCUUGCGAAUUGAUGCUGUUACACAAGGAAAUUGCCAAAAAGAUAUAUUAAAAAAUGCAGUUAUAACAGAGGAUGACUACUUUGUUGCACCCCCUGGAAACAUACCCCUACAUGAAAUUGAACAAGAAGAAUCAGAUAUCAAAAAAAAUGAAAACAGAAAUUAGUAAAAUCCUUAGUUUAGGAAAAUUUUUUCAAGUAACAAGUAAUAAAAAUAGUAAUUUGACAUAUAUAUUACAACCUUCAUGUACAAUUCUGAUAAAUAAUAUUUAUAUCAGCUGGCUUCGAUCUAUUAAUGCAAAGGCACAAUCACAUUUCCCUGUUUACUUAUCAGCAGUAAAUAAGAAGGAUUUAUGCUAUGGAUUUAUUGAGAAAAUGUAUGAUACAUCCCCAAAAGUUAUUGAAAUUAAUGAUAGAACUUCCCAAUUACUAGAAAAAUCCAAAUUAAAGUUUAACCUUAUUGUACCAAAACAAGAUGUGAUGCAGUACUUUUUCCAGUGGCAAAGAUAUAGAAAAUAUUGGUGGAGUUCUAUUACAACAACACCCAGCUUGUUCAUGGUGAAUGACAUGAAAUAUGAAGCCUCAACAGUGAAUACACAAAUUGUAGCCAAUUUUGAAAAGGGUAAAAACAUAGUUGAACAUCUCUCUAUGAUCAAAAAUAUGGAUUCCAGUGAGUCUGCCAGUAUUUCAUGUUGUAUGUCAAUGGAAACAGCAUUGAUGUCACUUUUACUUGAUGGCAUGUCAAAUCAAAACAAAGACGGAUAUUUGAGGCUACACUACAAAAUGGCGCCGUAUAAAAUCUCUUUUGCUUUAAAUACUACGGAUGAUAAAACGUUUGAUACUCUCAAGGACUUGGCUGCAUGUCUUCACAAUAUGCUCACCUUGGCGCAAAUAAAAUCGCUGCUUCCUACGUUUUCACAUCCAAUACAGCUUCAGAUAGAAGAAAACUUAAAAAUUGGUGUGCCUUACACUGCAAUUCUCAAUGAGGAAACACUCCGAAAUGGAAUUUUUCAUUUACUUAACAGCAGUACUAUGUUAAAGGAGCAAGUUCACAUUGCAGACUUUGAGGAAUAUGCAUCUUUGUUAUUUAGCUAGAAUUUGUUAUAAUAAAGUAUUAAAUAUU